GUGAAGAAAAAUGGCGUGAGCUCAGUGAGCCCUUCUUGUCUUUGCCCACGGAUCUAUCUCUUAGCAUCAUCGAUCCGGCGAUACUACCAUUUCUAAUCGCGGAUGGGCAAACAGAUGAGCAUACAGUCUCUCCUGAGGUUGCUUACGAUGUCUAUGGCCUCAGCGUUUAUGGGCGCCUUGGCCUUUUUUCAUUAGAGCUUAUCAACAAGUUUGGUAUCUCUACAUUUUUUGGUAUCGAUGCUGGGAACUUGUCAGAGACUGCCUCGAAGGAAGCAAAAAUAUCUUCUUAUUCUCACUGGAUUCUUCUGGAGUUAUUAUUGAUCUACGUGUUGUGCUCUGAUAACUAUCGAUCGCGUACCAACAGCUAUCAUCUGUGGGAUGUUAAUCAUACGGAAGAAAGUGACUACCAUGGACUCAAAGCAUAUUUGGGGGAGGUUCAUGUGAUCAUGAGGCAAUACACAGAUUUUAACGUACGGAAUGGAUGUUUUGAUGUCAAAUCGUUGAUCGCUCGGUUGAUUUCCACCGAUAGUUCAACAGAGGUUCAAAUAGAUCAUAUUUCAAGGUUGAUCGAGGAAGCA